UUUAUUUACUUCUCUCUCUCUCACUAAACCCUUCUUCUCAAUGCGGAGACAAACAAACCAAAAACCGAACUCCAUGCACAGCGCACCUUAAAACACCGUCCGAAACACCACCUCUCUCUCUCUCUCUCUCUAUAUAUAUAUAUAUAUAUCUUUUUCUCUCUCUAUUCAUGGAUGACACACAGAGCUCUCAACAACCACCAACAGAACAACACAGAAAUGAUACACAUCAACAGCCUUCUCUGUCUUCCCUCUCUUUGCUCGGCAAUCCCUCGUUCGAUGAACAACUCUCAGUCCAUAGCCACAAAUCUGAAACCCUAGCAUUCAAUGACUGCGACUUCGAUGGCCGCUCUUUCUCCGAACUGCUCGAAGGUGUGAUGGCCGUCAAUUCAAGGGUUUCUGGAAAUGCGCCGGAGCUUAAAAUGGGUUUGGUUCCUCCACUGGACGUUGGAUUUAGAGAGCAAUUUGAGAUCUCACAUCAGGAGGUUUCGGCAAGUAUGACAAAUAAAUCUGCUCAAGCUCAGUCACAGAUGGUUCAAUCCGGGUGUUCAUGUCCUUCUACUGAGUUAUCACCUGUUAUACCAUCUGAGUCAAGUGUACUAAAUUCAAUACUGGUAACAGAAGAAGCAUUAUCAACACCUCAUGACAAUAUUUGUGCACCAGAAGUGAACCAGCAAACCUCCUCCAACUAUGAAUCCGUAUCUGCCUCGAAGACGCUUACAAGUGAUGGAUAUAAUUGGAGGAAGUAUGGCCAAAAGCAAGUGAAGAACACUGGAAGUUCUAGGAGCUAUUACAGAUGCGCAAAUUCUGGUUGCCAUGCGAAAAAGAAGGUUCAACGCUAUAAUCACUCUGGUUGUGUCAUUGAGAUUCUUAAUGAGGGUUUACACAAUCAUGAUCCACCUCCAAAGAUUAGAUGUACUAGGUCAAGAAGGCUUGUAUCAUCUGCCGGACAUGUUGUAGGUAAUGAUACCAUAUAUUAUCCACUUCAAAAGACUGAUGAUUCAGAUCAAUCUAUGCCUAGAAGAGAUCCUAGACCAGCAUCAUUGCUGGCACUUGGAAUGGAAGCACACACACACAGCAGUUCAGAUGGAGAUGCAAGCAUUAAGGUAGAGGAGGAAGAUGGUGAUGAUUUGGAGCCAAAACAGAGGAGAGAAUUACAACAACCGAUACUGCUGCCAUCUGAACAGAGAAAACAGAAUGUAAGUGGUUACAAUGAGAUUGCUAACAUUGAUGCUCAGGAAAAACCCAGUGAUGAACCCAUGCUGAAACGGAGCAGGAUUAAAGGAAGCACCAUAGCAUAUUCAGGAGCCCUCCUUAGAACUGUUAAGGAACCUAAAAUUGUUGUACAUACUUCUGGGGAUGCGGGUGUAUCAAGCGAUGGCUACAGGUGGCGUAAAUAUGGGCAGAAAAUGGUUAAGGGGAAUCCUCACCCUAGGAGCUACUACAGGUGCACAUCUGCUGGAUGCCCUGUUCGUAAGCAUGUCGAGAGAGCUUUGGAUGAUGCAAGGGCAGUCAUAGUAACAUAUGAGGGGAAACAUGAUCACGACAUGCCUGUACCCAAGAAGCGACAUGGCCGACCAAUUUCUCCUCUAUUUAUUACUUCUGCUACAGCUGUGAACAAUGUGCAAUCCGAAAAAGUUGGAACACUAUCUAAACAAAGAUCUUUGAGCCAGUGUGCAGAAGACAUGGAAGUUGAUCUGGCAGGUGAGAACGUCAAGGAACUUGGAGGUGAAAAGGCACUGGAGUCAGCUCGAACUCUUCUGAGUAUGGGAAUUGAAAUCAGGCCUUGUUAGUAAACUGAUGUGGUUGUUGACCCAGUGUAUAAUCUCCAUGACCAUAUCUUCUAGUUCUAUAGAUCAUGCACCCUUUCAAUAUGCAUCAUUAAAUUCACAGGUUUGAUGGAUUUUUUUUUUUUUUUUUUUUUUUUUUUUUUUUUUUUUUGCAUGUGUUCUAUACCUAGAUGCAGUUCUGUAUAUUCUUCUUCUUCUUUUUUUUUUCUUUUUUUAUUUAUUUUUAUUUAUUUAUUUUUUUUUUCCUGAAUAGCAGUUUUGUAUAUUCAGGUUAGCAUAAUUACAAGUUUUGUGUGAACUUGAAGCUCAUUCAAAUUAUUAAUUGGUUUGAGCAUUUUCA